AUGGCGAGAGGCAGCACCACAGCCGCCCUGCGACACGCCGUCCUCGCCGCCCGGACCACGUGCGCCAAGGUGCUGAGGAAACUGGGCCCCCGUGGAGCGCGGCGGCCGCGCCACCACGUGGCGAUGGCGGCCAGCGACAACCCGGUCUUCUCCUGCGGCGAGCCCGCCGUCUGCCCUGGAGAACCGCAGCGGCCGCCGGCCGACGCUCAGCCAGAGGACGCCAAGAGCCGCCUCACAGUCCUCACCUGGCUGGACGACGUCGCGGACCUGGAGGACAUGGACAACCGCCUCAACGAGGCGCUCGAGGCCAAGAUGGCCGCCGCGCAGCGCGGCGGCUGCGCCAAUGGCUAGCCCCUCGCUGCUCCGCCAGCAUCUGCACAAUACGUGCGAAACGUCAGAACUUCUACCUCGCAUUCUGCGUAGAACAAGAUUUAUUAACUGUGAUUCUUCAGUUUCUCCCGGCGUAUUUGUUGCUCGAACAGUCCACGGGUUUAC